AUGGCCCCUCAAAUUGUCGGGAAUGGCAUCGGUUACGAAGCCAUUAGCAGCCUUCAUGUCGACCAAGCUGUUGCAGAAGCUGCACUCCGAGAUUCAGGCUUACCGCUCGCAUUCUACCAGAGCUGGAAUGCUUCCUGGUUCGAUCCUUCGGUGUAUUUUGACAACUACACCGAAAUACCGACCUCUUCCCUCGCAAGGUGCAACGAAACUUGGCUCGGUGAUGCGAACUUCAUGGCGGACUACGUGACAGUUAGUGGAGAUCAUGAAGGUCUUCAUCCAGAUGGUACGGCCGUGUGCCCUGAUGGUUUCUGGUUCUUGGCCCCGAGCUGCAGGGCAAAUCCAUCUCGAUGCGUUCCCUCAAUUGCUUCGGUUACACCACGAGGACGAGACAUCCAGCAGAUGCUUCAAAAAAGUGCAGCUUUUGACAUGCCACUUGCUAUCUCAAGGCCGAUAGAUGAGAGUGCUCGACUUGCACUUCCGCACAACUUCAGGGUGGCAUUUUGGAAUCUAGCACCUGGGCUGAACUUCCUGCCCAUGCGGAUGGUUGCUGUCCAGUUUCCACCACAAGAUAAUGUGGCAUGGGCCCAAGGAGACCUAAGAACUAUGUUUGCAGGAUCACUCAGCGAAAAGUUGGUUUCUCGAGAUUUGAGCGUUCUUGCACCGCCAGUGGUGGAGUUGCUCACCAACUUUGAAGUCUCAAACGCAGUCACAGACCAGCUCCUCUUCGACCUUGUCGACUCUAACCAGUCUAUGUGUCAGUGGCUGCUCAGCAACCGUGCCAUUUGGUCAUCGUGGAUUCCCGAUGAGACUCAGUGCAGCCCCGGAUUCGGUCUUCACUAUAUUUCUGGAGGUGAGUAUGCAGCCAGCCGAGAAGAUCUAGAUCUCCUAGGCUGCAAAGCAUGCUCUUCUGGGCGCUAUUCGGAGCAGCUUUUCGACCAGCGCGGCUACACCCACACCUGCGAU